AUGGGCUCCCGGCGGGCGCUGUGGGCGCUGCUGGGCGCGCUGCUGGGCGCGCAGGCUUUUCCCCAGACUAACAUCAAGAUCAGCCAAGCCAUGCCGGAGCCUGUCCAUGCCUACUCCUGCCCACUCUUCUGGACAGAGUACGAAGGUCAUUGCUACCGGUACUUCCCCGUCAACAAAACCUGGGCUGAAGCUGACCUCUAUUGUGCUGAGUUCUCCAUUGGCAUCAGAUCAGCCAAGCUGGCCUCCAUCCACAGCUGGGAAGAAAAUGUCUUUGUGUACGACCUGGUGAACAGCCGCGUGCCCGGCAUCCCUACCGACAUCUGGAUGGGGCUCAACGACCUGCGGCAGGAGGGUCACUUUGAGUGGACAGAUGGCUCCUCCUACGACUACCACUACUGGGAUGGCAGUCAGCCUGAUGACGGGAUCCACUCCAUCCCAGAGGAGGAGGACUGUGUCCAGAUCUGGUACCGACACAGCAGCGCGCUGCGCUCCUGGAACGACAACGCCUGUGGCAGAGCCUUCCCCUUCGUCUGCAAGAUCCCCUCGCUGGCCCUGGACUGAGGCUGCCGGCCCUGCCCGUGUCCCCCUCGUCAUGCAUCACCCCUCCAGCCAUGCCAAGGAAGAGCUGCUGGGACAUGGCACAGGAAGUCAGAGCUGAGGAGCUGCUCAGCAUCCCCAGCCAGACCCCGGCUGCGAAAAUCCCUCCUGGGAGUGCCCUGGGGAUGAGCCCAGUACUCACCCUCCCUGUGGGCAACCAGCCAUGGGAGCUGUAUAAAACACUGAAGGAGCCCCCAAGCUUGAGAUUUGGGUUUGGUUUUCAGAUCAACUAUUGCAGCCUAUUACAGGACACCUGUGAUUUUACCAAUACACCCAACUGUUAGCACCAAAAAAGAGCCAUAUGUUAUUUUGCCCGUUGGUCCAUGAAGAAUGGAGGAGAAGUGUUAUUUUCUGUUAAGUUAUGCAAAAUGCCUCUUGUGCACGUUACUUUUCUCUCUGCUACAAUA